UUUCCUGUUGAUCUGCAGUAUUGUUUUAACGGGUCAAGGCAACUGCGCAGGCGCCGCUCGUAGGCUACCCUCCAGUGCCAUAGCAACCAGGGUAACGCUAGACAUCAAUAUGGCCAAAGCAACCACUGUGAGAGAGGCACUGGCGAAAUGGGAGGAGAAGUCAGGGGAGAAAGUGAGUGAGGCUACCGCCAUUAAACUGUACGGUCAGGUUCCUCCUAUAGAGAAGAUGGAUGCCUCUCUCUCCUCACUUAUGAACUGCGAAAAGCUGUCUUUGUCCACAAACUGCAUAGAGAAAAUAACCAAUCUCAAUGGCAUGAAGAACUUGAGGAUAUUGUCAUUAGGAAGAAAUAAUAUAAAGGCCCUCACUGGACUGGAGGCAGUAGGGGACACAUUAGAAGAAUUGUGGAUCUCCUAUAACCUGAUAGAGAAACUGAAGGGUAUCCAGUGCAUGAAGAACCUCAAAGUACUCUACAUGUCCAACAACCUGGUCAAAGAAUGGGGCGAGUUUGUGAGGCUAGCUGACCUGUCUUGCCUCAUAGACUUGGUGUUUGUUGGAAAUCCUCUGGAGGAGAAGCAUUCAACUGAGGGAAUCUGGAUGGAUGAAGCCUCUAAAAGACUACCAAAUCUAAAGAAACUAGAUGGAACCCCAGUCAUCAAACAGGAAGAGGAUGAAGGAGAUGGCGAGAGCUGAAAAGCACAGCUGUCAGUAAUACUACAACACCCUUCCCUUUUUUAAGUUUUGUACAGUUUGUCAUGGUGCUUUCCUUACAAAAUAGUUAGAACAGCAUAGACAAGUUGUAGAAUAAAGCACAAAAUAACAAACAAAUGCACAAAAUGUGUAUGUUUUAGAGUUGUUAAAUUGACUAAAGACUAAAGGCCUUGUAAGUUUGGGACCGAAACAUUUUAUGACACCUUAAAGGCUGCACAUUUCCUAAUGCUAUUUAAAAGACUGUUUUUCAUUACUUUACUUUAUUGCUGAGAUAGUACCAUUUGCAGGGCAAAAACACUCUACUGUAAAUUUACAAUGUGUGUUUUCAUUUUCUUGCUUCACAUGCCUUUCUACAUUCUUCCAAUUAAAACUAAUUCACUGUGUAGUACACACAUUAUUGAUAAGAUACAUUUGUGUGGACUAUAUGUUACUAUUAGCACCAGUACUUUUACACCUUUUCCAGCCUAGUAGGAGUUGGCUUUAAAUACCUAAUGCAGUCCUCUCUCCAUAACAACACAAUUGAGGGAUGGAUAUAGCCAAAACUCACUUGUUGUUUUGUUAAGAGAAGAACCUAGACUUCUGGGAUUUUACUGUCAGUUUUGGGUUAAUUUUGGAACCAUAGUUUCCACUUUGUUCCUGAUCUGUGGUACCACAAGUACUGCAUGUAGCAUAUUCUCAUUGAUUAUCAAUAGCUGUCAAAUGAUUUUUAUAUUUUAAAACAUUUGAAGUAUUUUUGCGGAUUCAGUUUGUGAGUUGUUUAUGAUUUAAAUGAUUUGGGAUACUUAAAAUAAAUACUAUUAAAAUAUA